UUGUCAGAAUGCUGGUGGGAAAACGCGCAUUGGCGAGCAGCGUGGUUUCUGGUGUGUGCUCUGCUUAAGGCUGGCAACGGAAAUGCGGUUUAUCAUAAAAUAAAACAUCCACUUUAUAGUCUAAUUUUCUUAUUUAUUUAUUUCGCGGUUGUUAUUUAAUUUUCAGUUAAAGAAAAUGGGGAAAAGUAAGACUAAAAACCAGAAGAAGGCACGUGUCACAGCAAAUCAUUUGUCUGGUGAGACGUAUGGAAGCGUACCACACUCCUUCGUCUUUCACCGUGGCCAGAUUGGGAAGAGUGUGGAACAGCUGAUGAUGGACAUGCGGCGUGUCAUGGAGCCGUACACCGCGCAGUCCUUGAAGGUCCGAAAAAAAAACGUUUUAAAAGAUUUUGUGACUGCAGCAGGACCACUGGGAGUCUCACACUUUCUCAUCUUCACCAAAACCGAGACCAGUGUUAAUUUGAGACUGGCACGACUUCCUAAAGGCCCCACUGUCCAUUUCCAGGUUACUAAGUAUACGCUCAUCAAGGAUGUCAUCUCGUCAUUAAAAAGGCACAGGAUGCAUGAGCAGCAGUUUACUCAUCACCCACUGCUGGUGCUGAAUAAUUUCGGCUUAGAGGGCAUGCACAUCAAACUGAUGGCCACCAUGUUACAGAACAUGUUCCCCUCUAUCAAUGUGUACAAGGUCAACCUGAACGACAUAAAGAGGUGUGUGUUGGUGAACUACGAUCCUGCAUCUCAGGAAAUAGAGUUUCGGCAUUAUAGUCUAAAGGUGGUUCCUGUAGGCAUGAGCAAAGGUGUGAAGAAGCUCUUGCAGGAGAAGUUCCCUAACAUGAGCAAACUAGAAGACAUCAGUGAGCUGCUUCUAAAGGGUGUAAACCUUUCAGAGAGCGAAGCAGAGCUGGAUGGCGAGCACAACGUCACCGAGCUGCCUCAGGUGUACUCGGGUCGCGGGAACAUGAGGUCACAGCAGAGUGCCGUCCGACUUACCGAGAUUGGCCCCAGAAUGACCCUGCAGCUGGUGAAGAUUGUAGAAGGCAUGGGAGAGGGGAACGUGCUUUAUCAUUCUAUUGUAACGAAGAGCGAAAAGGAGAUUCAGGAGAUCCUGAAGAGGAAGGAGGCCCGACUGAAGGAGAAAGCAGAACGCAGGACUAAACAGGAGCAGAACAUAGCCCAGAAGAAAGAGAAGCGAGAUGAGAACAAAAAAAGGAGCCUGGAGGGCAUGAAAAGAAAACAACAUCAGGAUGGUGAAGUGUCUGAUGACAGUGAGGUGGAGGAUCCUGGGAUGCAGGGGGACCAGCCUGAGGCAGAGGAGUCUGAAGACGAGGCAGAGUAUUACAGACAGGCCGUCGGAGAGGAACCUGAUGAAGACAUGUUUCCCACCGCAAAGAGGAAGCAUGGCCCAGGCAAGUCCCCCAUGCCCUUUAAGAAGAGGAAACUGUCCAUGUCAAAAGCUGCUGGUGAAGGAAAAUCAAGAUCCAGACCUAUGGGCAAGCCUUCAUUUGGUGCUAAAAACUUUGCUGGUAAAAGGUUUGGCGGGAAGAACGCAGGUAAAAUCACAUCAGGAAACAAAGGAUUUAAAGCGGCAAAAACGGGGGUCACUGGUCGGUUUGGGAAAAGUAAAGGAGGAAAGAGUUUUGGAGGAAACAAAAGGAGAAGGUUUGGGGAAAAGACAAGUAGGGCACAAAGUUCAAAGGGGAAAGGACAACGACCAAAAACCAGCUCUGCAUUUAAAGGGGGCCCAAGGGGUGGACAAACCAAAAAGGACUUCAAGAAGAAGAAAGAGAAAAGAUGUGUCUUGGUGAAAUUGAAGGUAAGGAUGAACAGCAGCAGAUGUAACAAUACAUUUUCAAAGGAAUUGUUACCUCCCAUUUAUGGUGUGGAGAUGUGUGUGGCACUGAUGGGGAACAUACUGGCACUGUGGCUGCUUGUGACUAAGGAGAGGAAAAACUGGCACACAGGAGUGGUGUUCUCGUGCAACCUGGUCAUCAGUGACAUUUUUUAUGCCCUAACUCUACCACUUCUUAUCCACGCCUAUGCAAGAGAACGAAAAUGGGUAUUUGGAGUUGCGGUCUGCAAAAUAGAGCGGUUCCUUUUCAUAUGCAACCUCUAUGCCAGCAUUUACUUCAUCAUGUGCAUCAGUGUUAAUAGAUACCUGGCCAUCGUUCAUCCCUACUUUACACGCAGACAUAUUCGCCCAAAACAUGCCAAGAUCACCAGUUUGCUGGUGUGGAUCGUGGUGGCAGGCCUGGCAUCUCCAAUCCUCUACUACUCAGGUAUAGAAAAAGGCAAAGACAAAUGUUCCUUAUUUGCAGACAGAGAACAUAAGAACAAAAGGUUUUCGUACAUGGUAUUUAUUGCUAUUUUAGGCUGUUUUAUCCCAUUUUUGGCUACGUUUGCAUCCUAUUUUGGUGUUUUGUGGGUGGUCUGUAAAAAUGCAAAUAUCACCUCAUUGGAGAAGAAAAAAGUAGCUCUGAUUGUGGGUGUGGUCUGCGUUCUGUACACCGUGUCUUUUGUCCCCUAUAACAUCCUGCAAAUACUGAACUUUAACGGUCAAAAGAAUUGUUACAUAAAUAAUAUGUUUCAAGUGUCAAAGGCAUUAGCCUGUCUGAACAUGUGCCUCCAUCCCAUCCUGUAUAUGGCUGUAUUUGACAGUAUCAGGGCGUUGUGCUGUAGAAGGUGCUCAAAUAGAUCAAAUGUACAAAGCACAGUUUCAGAACAACUAUAAAAUAAUUUUACAUUGAAAUACAACCACUGUAUUUGCAAAAUGUUUUAUUUCAUAAACAUUUGUGUUGAUUUGUUGAUGUGUGGACUCAAUACUGUGUUAAUAGUUUCAUCUAUGGUCAAAUCUUACCAGAGACAACCAGGUUUUGAGGUAAAAUCUUCCCGUAGUUAGUAGAAUAUUUAAUACACACAAUGAUCGCAAGCAGUAAAACAUUAUUGUACUAUAUAUAUUAUUGUGUAAUAUAUUAUUGUACUAUUAUGCACUAUAAGAAUUAAGUUAUUGGAUUGUCCUUGUAUGCAGUUGCUACUGCCCCCAAAUAUGCUGAUGGACAGAAACAUAUUUUGGUCUCAUCUGAACUGAUUUUAAUUGUAGACGAUGUUUGAUUUUAGACUCUUAUAAAUAUAAUCUUUUGUGCAAUUUUUCAAAAUGGUGUAUUGUUAAACUUUGACAGUUCCUAAAAUAAAACGACUUGUGUUCUUUA